UAAUAACAUAUACGGAAGAUAUGAUCUUGAGAAAAUUUUUUUUCAAAAUACGAUAAAAAAAAUAGAGAUAGCCGCGGGCAAUUGAGUGAGAGUGUCGUUGUUGGAAUGCCACGACAAAGAAUUUCUUUAACAUUAUAUUCCGAAGUGAGAUUAAUAUUGUCCAUAAUUUUGAGAAGUUGAAAAGAUUGUUUUAACUGAUUAAAAUAGGUUACAACACGUUCCUGUCUAAAUUAAUUCAAUUUACGAAUUAAAAUGAAUUUACAACAGGAUAUUCAUCAUACAGAAGGAGACAUUGAAUUAUUUAAUAAAAAUAUAUUGGAACGAUUAACAUUACCACAUGUUGAAGGUUUGCUGUUGAGACCUCUUAGAUCUACUGAUUAUGAUAAAGGAUUUUUAGAACUUUUGGCACAAUUAACAGAAGUAGGAAAAGUAAAUAAAGAACAAUUUCUAAAUAGGUUUCAAAGUAUGAAAAAUACAGGGAUUUAUUAUAUCAUUGUUAUAGAAGAUGUAAAUAAUACUAAGGUAAUUGGAAGUGCAACUUUGAUAUCAGAGCAAAAGUUUAUUCAUAACUGUGCAUUGCGUGGACGUUUGGAAGAUGUGGUUGUGAAUAAUAAUUAUAGAGGUAAACAUUUGGGUAAAUUACUUGUUAAUGUUAUUUUACAACUAGCCCGUUAUUUACAUUGUUAUAAAAUAUCUUUGGAUUGUCGAGAUAAUCUCAUACCAUUUUAUGAAAGUUUAGGUUUUAAGAGAGAGCCUAAUAAUGCAAAUAGUCUUAAUAUAAGAUUCUCAAAUGAAAAUACGGCAGAACAAUCUCAUUUGUAAACAAAGUACUUAAUUAUUAUUGGUUUAUUGAAUAAAAUGUGAAAAUAUUAA